AAGCAUGCUUCCUGAUUGAGAAACAAUAUAGUAUAAUCAUAAAGAGUCUGUCAGUGACGAAUGUCUAUAGAGAAGUUCAUAUUUGUAGCUAAAGAUAAAGAUCGUUUCCUCAGUUGGGAGAAGCUUCAAGAUAUUGCCAUGGGAAUAGCCAAAGGAAUUGAGUACUUGCACCAAGGUUGUGACCAACAAAUCCUUCAUUUUGACAUCAAGCCUCACAAUAUCUUGCUAGACCAUAACUUCAAUCCCAAGAUCUCCGACUUUGGGCUAGCAAAGCUGUGUUCCAAGGAACAAAGUGCUGUUUCUAUGACAGCAGCCAGAGGAACAAUAGGGUAUAUUGCACCUGAGGUAUUGUCUCGGAACUUUGGAAAAGCAUCCUAUAAAUCAGAUGUUUAUAGUUUUGGAAUGCUAUUGUUGGAAAUGGUAGGAGGGAGGAAGAAUAUUGAUGUCACAGUAGAGAGUACGAGCCAAGUUUACUUCCCAGAAUGGGUGUAUAACUGCUUGGACAAAGGAGAAGAGUUUGGGAUUCGAAUAGAUUCUGAGGGGCAUGCCAAGAUAGCACGAAAACUUACAAUUGUUGGGCUUUGGUGCAUUCAGUGGUACCCAACAGACCGACCAUCAAUGAAAGCCGUGGUUCAAAUGUUGGAAGCAGAAGUCGAUAGUUUGACAGUGCCACCAAAUCCCUUUGGCCAUGGAGAUGGUGUGCAGACAACAAGUGUCAAAAUCCCAAGGAAAACAAUUAAUAGAGAACUAGAAGUUAUCUUUGAAUGAGAAUAAUUGGAAUGUAUUCUACAUCAAAGUAGUUCUUUUACUCUUCCUAAUGCGUCCAUCCAUAUAAAGGACUCAAUAUUGAGUGUUGAAUGUUUUAUACAAUCAUUAAAAGGCUUGUAUAUUA